UUAAAAAAUAUAUAAAAAUUAUUAUCAUCUUUAUCUUUCAUCUCUGCUUCCUUCUUCCUCUUCGCAUCCAAAUUCGUUCCUUCCUUUCUCGCUCACCAUGGCAACAACACCCAUCCACUUCUGCUCGGUCCUCUCUGAAUCAAAGCGUAUUAUCAAUGCACACUCUCGUCACUUCCUGGCCCUCUCCGUCCUCUUCCUCCUUCCUCUUUCCUUUUCUCUCACCGUCUACCCCGCCCUUCACCGCCUAUUCGACCAAUCAACCAUGAACAACACGCUUGCACUACUCGUUUACGUUCCUCCUCAUCCUCUUCGAGACCCACCCGCGAUAUCCACAGAGACGAUUGUCUUUCCGCUCCUUUACAUUCUCUCUGUCCUUUUCUUCUGUUUAUGGGCUGUUGGCUCCAUCACUUACAGCGUUUUCCAGGGAUUUUAUGGUAGACCCGUCAAGCUUGUAUCCGCAAUCAAAUCGGGAUUCGCUUCUUUUCUACCUCUCUGGAUCACUACGAUCGUUUCUGGGGUUAUUGUAUCUGGGAUCUUUCUUAUUUUUGGGCUCUUCCUUUUUCUGGUGAAUAAAGGGGCUGAACUUGUGGGGUUUCAAAUUAUUUACUCUUCUCCUUACUUCAUUGGGUUUUCUAUGGUCCUAUUAUGUGCUUUGGUGCUAGUUUUAGUGUGUUUGCAACUGAAUUGGUGUCUGGUCUCUGUGGUUACUGUGGUGGAAUCUACCUGGGGUUUUCAGCCAUUAAAGAGGAGUACGAGUUUGAUCAAGGGAAUGAGAAAGGUAGCCUUGUCUUUGUUUUUAUUUUUCGGGUUCGCUUCUGGGCUUCUGUUGUGGAGCAGCUCUGUUUCUGCUGUAAACUUGGGCGUUGCUGAUGAUCGCUGGUGGACAAGCUGGGCAUUUGUUGUGCAUAUUGUGGUUACUUCAGCUUUUCUCAUGUUGCUCAUGCUUUACAACAUCGCUGCAAAUACUGUAUUGUAUAUGCAUUGCAAAGCUAUUCACGGGGAGCUAGCUGGGGAAAUUGCAGAGGAAUUUGCUAGGGAGUAUGUCCACUUGCCCUUUGAGGAUGAUUGCUUAAGGAUUUUACACAAAUAUCAGUUACAGAAAGUUCAGUCAAUUUUCACUUGAAGCUUGUUGAAAUGAAAACUGGAAUAAAUCAGAUGGUGUUGGUUCAUUUCUGGACUUCUUGGCAUUUUAUUUUCCAUAGAUAUUUCUUGGUGUGCGUAUAUAUGUAUGCACAAGUGCAGAAGUUGGUCUCCAAAUUGAAGCUAAUCCAAUAUGGUAUGUACCAGUACAAAAAUUGCCUCUCAAUGAGCAAGGAGAGCAAGGUCAUACAAUAGUUCAUAUAUCUGAGGACUCAGUUCACACAGGACCAGUGCAUAAACAGCUUGUUUGUUCACUAGAGUCCACCUGCUGUUAUUUCUUUUCAUAAACGAAUUUAACAAUGGAUCUUCUAGAGGUCUUUGUAGAUAAAUGGGAAAUCAGUUGUUAUGCGGAAGAGAGGUUUUAUGGGUGAUCAUAGAUGUCCAAUAUGCACAUGGAAGUCGUUGUCUAUAUGGCUUUGCUCUUACAGGAACAGGAAAUAUUCAUUCAUGUAAAGUCUUGUAAAUCUGAUUUCCUUCUAUUAGUGAUCUUGACUUAAUCGGCUACAAUUUGAACAUUUUACUUAAUUGCUUAAGCAAGUUGAUUGAAGCCUUGGGUUGUGGCAAAAUUUGGAAUUCAAACACUUGUGUUUGGUGUAACUUCAGUCUUCAACUGACGCAGGGUUGUGUUAUGAGGCACAUGAGUUCAAACUUGUAUUAUAUAAACUAUAACUUAGUCAAGACAUGGC